AUGGCUGACGAAAGGAAUCUUAUUGCAGUUAUUGCAGAUGAAGAUACAACUACGGGACUCCUUCUAGCUGGUAUAGGUCAAGUCUCUAAAGAAUCGAAGGAGAAGAACUUUGUGGUUUACAACGAGGGUAAGACUACAAAGUUGGAAUUAUCUGAUGCAUUUGUCAAAUUCACAGAAACAAGGCCGGAUAUUGCCAUCUUGUUGAUCAACCAGCACAUUGCUGACCAAAUAAGGCCACUUGUUGAUGGUUACACGAAUGCAUUCCCAGCUAUUCUAGAAAUUCCAUCGAAAGAUCAUCCUUAUGAUCCAGAGAAGGAUUCCGUGUUGAGAAGAGUCAGAAGACUAUUUGGGGAGUAA